AAAGCAACUUUAAAAUUCAAUUUUUUUGUGCGGUACGUGUACGUGUACGUGUCAAGCCGCAAGCCGAGCAAGUAGUAUCUAGCUCUCUAGCUAGCUAGCUAGCUAGGAGACAAGCAACCUCUCUGAUUACUAGAUCCGUCCAGAUCAGCUUUGAUUAUGUCGGAUGCAGCCACUGACAAGAGUGGUGGCCAACCAACAGACAGUGGUCAGGACAGCCCUCCUAGUGAAGACCCAUUAACUUAUUCCUUCCUCCCCGGUGAAACCGUCUUAUACUACCUCUACAACAAUGGUCUCUCUCUACUGAGUGAGUAUGGUUGGUACGUUCUUCUAACCACUGUCGUACUGGCCCUUGCGUGGUCGAGACUGAAACCUCACUACUAUCAGUGGAAGAAAAAGAGAGAAGACUGGAUCGAUGAGCAAAACUUUGACCCCAAUAAGGCUGAAACUUAUCAAGAUGCUAUGUUGAAGGCCAGAGCGAGAAUGCAGCGAGAUCUGAAUGAGCAGGCGAGGGUGUACCAGGAGCAGAAAGAAAAGAAAGAAAUAGAGGAACGGGAUGAGAGAAUCAAGCAGUGGGAGGAGUUUAAAGUGGUUUCAACCAAAAAGUCUAAACCAAAAGACAAGGGAAGACCCACUCCUCGUCAAGAUUACUACCCACUGGGAGGGGGCGGGGCCGGAGGAGGGUACAGACCAUCAAGGAGAACCGUGGGCAGAGGUGGUGGAUGAGGUUAAGCUUCCCUCAGAAAACAUGCCGAGCAUCUUAUGAACUAUUUGGUGGUGGAUACACAAACAAUUAGUUGUCAUAACAACCAUAUUGUCUUCAUUCAUCCUUUUGUUUUUGUGUAUUCAUAUGAAGGGUGUCUCUCAAAUUCUCACUGAAAAGAGGCACUCUGAUGUUAUCACCAGCAUUAAUUUCAACAAAAAUGUUUUUGUUUUAUAUAUACAUA